AGAUCAGACCGCACCCAUCCAAGGCCCCGGUUGACUGAGCAAUUUCGACAAUGUAUUUAAACCUCCGGCGGAGCUGCUUCGAAAAGUCAUCGCAACUAUCACAAUGCCGCCUCUAGCAUCAUUUACUCCCCUACUACUCGCAGGAUUCGCGGCCGCGAGGGCUUGCACAAAUGUCACCAUCCCGGUUGAUAUCUCUUCGCGACAAGGUUUGUUCGAAGAAUUUCCAAUUGAAGGGAACAUCGAUGUGGCAGCCUUUGCGCAAGCUUUCACACAGCAAGGUCGGAACUACACGGCCAUGUUGCUGCGGGACUACCAAACGCUGAAGGGGAGCUACGAGAUUUCUGCCAAGUUCUGCCAGCCCGACAGCGGUAGUGCAUCCACCAUCCAGCUACUGUCUCACGGUAUUGGUUUUGAUAAGACAUACUGGGACCUGCCAUACAACAACUACAACUACAGCUAUGUCGACAUAGCCGUCAAGCAAGGAUACAGCACGCUCGCAAUUGACCGCCUGGGAAUUGGCAAUUCUUCGCACGGGGACCCUCUCAACACUAUCCAAGCCCAAGCUGAAGUUGAAGCCCUCAAUGCCAUUACGACACUUCUUCGCCAGGGCAAGGUACCUGGAAUUGAUACAUCCUUCAACAAGGUCAUCCACGUCGGUCACUCUUUCGGCUCAGUGCAAUCUUACUGGCUCUCCUGUCUAUAUCCCAACAACACAGAUGGUCUAGUCCUCACCGGUUAUUCAGCGAACGGAAGCUAUCUACCCGUCACGGUCGCCGCAUGGAAUUUGCACAGCGCACGCCUCAACCAGCCUCUUCGCUUUGGUAACUCAUCAAGCGAAGGUGUUCAAAAAGCGUUCGGGUCCUAUGGGACUGGCACCGCCCUACUCUCGGGGAUUCAAUCGCUCCUCAAGAACGUCACAAUACAGCUCUCGACCAAUGAGAUCUGGAAUGAGGUCGCGACCACUGAAGUCGGCGAUCUCAUCAACGGCUACAACCAAACUAUCGCCCCUCUAGACUACCCCAGCGGAUACAUCGUCCAGUCCGAUUUCACCGCCACUCAGUACGUCUUUCUGCUUCCCGGUCGCUACGACAUCGGCCUCGGUAUCCUCGGCGAAAUGACCAAGCAGCCGGUCGCCACCGGAGAGAUUCUGACUAUUGGCUCCUCCCCCAUGAUGUCCCCCUUCAGCGGCCCUGUUCUGGUAUUCACCGGGGAGAACGAUCAGCCGUUUUGUGGUGGUGACUGUCUCGCGACGGGUACAAGUGCGCCGAGCAUCCCGGCAGAGGGCAAGAAGCAGUUCCCAAGCGCGAGCGUCUUCGAGGCUUUGAUUCAGCCUGAGACGGCGCAUGGGUUGAACUUCCAUUAUAAUGCGACGGCGGGGUAUGAGGCCGUCCAGACUUGGUUGGCUGCUCAAGGCCUCGCCGCUUCAUAGAUCUCUCGGAGAGGAUCCGAGAAGCGCGAGUAAUGGAUGAAGAGUGCGAUAUAA